AUGCACGCAGUGUUGGAAGACUACCAGAAAAACUUCCUGGAUCUGGCCGUGGAGAGCCAGGCGCUCAAGUUCGGCAGCUUUACGCUGAAAUCCGGGCGCCAGUCUCCCUACUUCUUCAAUUUGGGUGAGUUCAACACCGGGAAACUGCUGUCGAACUUGGCGACCGCGUACGCGAUCGCCAUCAUCCAGUCGGACCUGAAAUUCGACGUAAUUUUCGGGCCUGCGUACAAGGGCAUCCCCCUGGCGGCGAUCGUGUGCGUGAAGCUUGCGGAGAUCGGAGGGACCAAGUUUCAAAACGUGCAGUAUUCGUUCAACCGUAAAGAGGCGAAGACGCACGGAGAAGGUGGUACUAUUGUAGGGGCUCCUCUACAGGAGCAGCGUGUGCUUAUCAUAGACGACGUGAUGACUGCUGGCACUGCCAUCAACGAGGCGUUUCAGAUCAUCGCCCAGAAUAACGGUAACGUGGUUGGGGCCAUCGUUUCUCUAGACAGACAAGAGGUUCUCAACACCGAGUCCAAGGAAAGACUAAGUGCCACGCAGAUGGUUUCCCAAAAGUACGGGAUCCCGGUCUUGAGCAUCGUUACUUUUGCCAACAUCAUCAACUACCUCGAGUCCAAGAUCAGCCCCGAAGACAAGCGCAAGAUGGAGGAGUAUCUGCAGACCUACGGUGUGUAA